AUGAAUUCUGAACGCCCACACAUCAACCCAGAUAAUUUGGAACAAAACUAUGAGAACGCACCCAUAGAUGAACAUUCUGCAGCCUUAGAUCUCACAAGGGAAACAUCAUCCAUUCCACGUCCAAACGAACCUACCAACUGGAUGUACCCCUCUCCUCAACAAUUCUACAAUGCGCUAAAGUUGAAACACAAAGAUCCUGGGGAUCCAAAAUACAUGAAAGCAGCAGUCUUUGCACAUAAUCGUGUAAAUGAGCUGACUUGGGAUAGCAUUUUAAGUUGGGAAAGGUGGCAUCCGGAAUGUAAAUUACCAAAGCUGCAACGGUUUGUGGGCAAAUUCUCGCAGUUGUCACCUAAAGCAAGACUUAAAUCUAUUUAUAUGGGCAGACCCUUUGAUAGGCACGACUGGUACAUUGAUCGGUGUGGAGAAACUGUUAGAUAUAUAAUCGAUUAUUACGAUGAUCCCAAAGCGAAUGAUGUGCUAAAAGUAAAAAUUGAUGCAAGGCCAGCAUUGGACAGCUUUACCAGUUUUUUUGACAGACUAUUGUUUUGGAUAAGGUGA